UCUGCUCUGGUUGAAGUGGGUGGGUCUAUGUCUCAUCCAAAACAACCCAGACUGGUGAGUUUAAACCUGCAGUCAGACUUGUGUGUUGCACAAACAAUCGUCAUGUCUACUGCAUUUGAUAGCAGAUUGUUGCACUCUGAAAACUGCCGUGAUCCUACAACUUACUGGGAUAGAACAACAUCUAAUUGCGUGCCGUGUGACAUAACACCAGGAUACGAAGUCACAGCUAACUGUGGAAAGAGUGACGACGGAUCGCAACAUGAAGUCAGCAAAACGGUGUGCAAAGCCAACACUUUUAAUGAUGGAAGCGCCGGAUUUUGUAAAAGUUGUUCCAUAUGUCGACCCGGGUAUAUCAUUUCGAGCCCGUGCACAAUAACAACUGACACCAAGUGCGAAGAUAUAGGAAGCAGAUCGACCGGAGUUCCUGUCACAGUACCAACAUCAAAGUUUAAUACAGCUUUUCUCAGCGAAAUACCAAAGACUCAGACAAACAAGGAAGGAGGUACUUUCCCUCCCAGUCCUGGUGCAAUGAUAUGGGCCGUACCAUUAGUCGUCUUUUUUUCCAUUACACUUGUUGUGAUCGGCGCUUGUCUUAUCUACAUAAAGCGGAAAAGAGGACAGCAGACAGUGUUGACUUACAGCAGAAGAUCUUCCUACAUCAAUGCAGGGUUCACCCCACUGUCUGCUCCAACUGGUAACGAUGGUCAGGAGGGCCUCCUUAGUCCCAACGUCCUGUCAGCACCUUUACAGACCGUGCUGGACAACCUGGAUGUUUUGGAAGAGCUGGUGAUUUUGCUGGAUCCAGAGAGCCAUGGAGUUAAAAACACCAAACAUCUGGCGUCUCACUGCUCCUUCCCCGCCACCUGGAUAACUUACACCUACUCCAUGAAGGACAGUAAGAGCCCGCUGAAAGCCGUGUUGGAGGGGGUCACAAGCAGGCACCCCGACUGGACAGUAGGGCACCUGGCUAAGCUGCUCGGAUAUAUGAAGCGCUACGAUGCCAUCGCUGUUCUUGCCAAACUUGAACUGAACGUGAUAGAGAUAUAACAUUCCUUCAACCUGAGACUGCCAUACAUUUUUUCAACUUUUCGAAGUUAAGAUUCCAGAUGUUGGGCUUUCUCUGAUUAAUUCUUAAAAUAAUGCUUAAACAUGAGUACAUGUAAUCCAAUCACCCUGUAAGCUAUUCGGACCAACCUAUUCCAUUAUGACUUUACAUUUCAACAUUCCUUUUUUACUUAAAAAACACUUCGAAAAUACCCCAAAAUUAAUCCUGUAGGAGUUAAUUCACGAAACCUCAGAUUCUUUGCUUUUUAUUCUAACAGUGGCCUUAUUACAUUCCGAUAACAGUGUAUUGCUUUUCAUAGUUAUUCUAAUUUAACCUUUCAAAAUACAAAAAUAGAAAUGUAUUCAAACAUCUUAACAUCUUUAUUAAGCAAUAACAUUAUAAAUAAAAAAAGUGCAUAGAAAAAUUAAACAGGUUUAGAAAUAUGUAUACAAAUAUUUACAAACCCAGGGUUUAUUUGUACAUGGUAACAAAUACGUAAAUUUAAAGAUCACAUAUUUUCUAAUUUUUAUGUCUUUUACACUUACUUUAAAAUAACCCUACUAUAUAUAUAUAUAUAUAUAUAUAUAUAUAUAUUUAUAUAUAUUUUUUUAUAUAUGUGUGUAUAUAUAACAUACAGCUUUCUUAACAGAUUCUGGGAGAGAUGGUAAUGAUAACUUCAGGUUUUGACUAGUGCUUUCCAUCCUUCAUUGCAAACACACACACAAUGACACAAAUAGAGGCACAUACAAACACACGCACACACACACACACACACACUCACUCACCAGCUCUGCAGAACAUUAAAACCAUGAUACUCUUUAAAUUACCAUCCUCUCUUUUUGCAUCAGUAUUCCCGAACAUCUGUAUAAACAGCUGAGGUAGAAUCCUUGCAAGGAGUUGGGAGUGACUCUGCUCUUGUUGUCAGCUAGGUGAUUGACACAAGGUAAUCUGGGCUCCAUCCCAGUGAUUGGACAUGCAAGAAGGAAAGGGGAUUAAGAUAAAGACAAAACAUGAGGGAGAAAAAAAAGAUCAUUGGCAUGGGGAGGGAAACAGUGCUCACUUUACUCCUGUGGAUGAUUCUAAGACCGUCAGUAAUUUAGCAUAACAAAAAAAAUAAAAAUAUAAAUGAUUCUUUAAAAAUACCUGCUUUUGAACAACUUCUGUCAAUAAAGGUUUGAAUGUAUGACACAA